AACUAAGCCAACAUAUGGCUAGCUAGCAAAACCAAAAGCAAAGGAUUCUCAAGGAGAAAAAGGAAAAGCAAACAAUGACCCAACACUUUUUUUUUUCCUUCUUGAUGUCUUCCUUACUAUUCCUAAUAAAGGGUAUCAUUACCUUACUGUAGCAAACCUAAUACCUAGAUAUUAACCACCUACUUUGUCAAAAGAAGAACCAGUUAUUGCCCUAAAGAAGAAGGAGAGGAAGCAUACUGCAGUCUUCACCAGGUUUCUGUUUAAUAUAAAAGAAAAAAAGGAUGGGUAGAGGAAGGGUAGAGCUGAAGAGGAUAGAGAACAAGAUAAAUCGACAAGUAACAUUUGCUAAGAGAAGAAAUGGGUUGCUUAAGAAAGCUUAUGAGCUUUCUGUUCUAUGUGAUGCUGAGGUUGCCCUUAUCAUUUUCUCUAAUCGUGGCAAGCUCUAUGAGUUCUGCAGCACCUCUAGCAUGGCAAAGACAAUUGAGAAGUACCAUAGAUGCAGUUAUGCGCCAUUGGAGGCCAACCAAUCCAUGCAUGACAUACAGAACUGCUACCAGGAAUAUUUGAAGCUAAAGGAAAAAGUGGAGGCCCUACAGCUUUCACAGAGGAAUCUUCUUGGGGAGGAUUUGGGAGAUUUGAACACAACAGAUCUUAAGCAGCUUGAACACCAGCUUGACUCCUCAUUGAAGCAAAUCAGGUCAACAAAGACCCAAUUUAUGCUUGAUAAACUUUCUGAACUUCAAAGGAAGGUAUGUACAGAAGACCUCUUUUACUUCUACUUUUCUGCUAUAUGUAUAUCAUACAAAUUUAUCAACCUGAGUUUGAUUCUUGUACAGGAAGAAUUGUUAUUGGAGACUAACAAUGCUCUAAGGAAGAAGUUGGAGGAAACUGAUGCAGGCCUUCAAUCAUCAUGGGAAGCUAGGGAACAAUGUGUUCAAUACAACCACCAGCCUACUCAACCAGAGGAUUUUGCCAAUCCUUUGCAAUGCAAUAGGAAUUUGCGAAUUGGUUCCAAUGCAGAUGAAAGAGAUAAAGUCACUAUUGCAACCACAGAACAAAAUUUUAAUGGAUUCAUACCAGCGUGGAUGCUUUGAUAUCUGAAAAAUCUUAAAGGUUCAAUAAGUGAAUAGAUUAAUAUGUUUAUAUAUGAUGAUCUUCUUGGGCAACUGUAGAUACCCUAAUGCAGUAAUUAAACGGCUUGUAAUAAACAAAAUUCUCACUGUUCUAAUCAGUGGGUGAACCAAGUUUGUAUUUGUUAUGAUGAAGUUGAUUGAAGCAUCUAACUGUGAAUGCACGUAUGCUCAUUGGUUUCUGGAAAAUUUUCAUUUAUUUUUGGAUUA